CUUUCUUCGUUUCCCCUCUUCAGCUAUCGCAGCAAGCAACACCGUCUCGAUUCUUCCUUUUGACGAUGCCUGCUGCUUCUGCUGCUACGUCAACGAAGAGGAAGGCCUCUUCGCUGGGGGCGACUGCCGGAAAGGCAGCUCCUGCUGCCUCCAAGGCUUCCUCCGCCACGCCUCGGUCUGCGUCGUCGUCGUCGGCUUCGGUGAAGAAGGCUAAGAGCAAGGCUGAGGGAACAGGCGCGCUCAUCGACGGCCAUGUCUCGCAAACGCAAGUCGAGAAGGCACUCAAGGCCCUUGAGGCACACCGAAAGCGGACACAAACCGAGGAGGAAAAGCACCAGCUGCCCCUCAGUGGGCUGGACGACGUCGAUGGCGAGGGUGCGCGCGCCGACCCGGCCGACGUCAUGUGGCUCAUGGUCACGACCAAGACAAUCAACGAAAAUGCCCCACCGAAGCCCGUGCGAAUCACCCUGCCCCAUGCCGUCUACGCGCCGUCGUCGUCCGUGUGCCUGCUCACCAAGGACCCGCAGCGCCAGUACAAGGACCUGCUUGCGUCUGAAAAGGUCAAGCAGGUGAAGCGUGUCGUCGGCGUGACGAAGCUCAAGGGCAAGUUUGCGCCCUUUGACGCCCGCCGUCAGCUCAUGAACGACCACGAGGUCUUUCUCGCCGACGAUCGCAUCGUCGAGAUGCUGCCGAAGCUGCUGGGUAAAAAGUGGAUCAAGGAGCGGAAAUCACCCAUCCCUGUCAAGCUGUCGGGCAAGGGUGCGGCAGUCAAGGCUGAAAUCGAAAAGGCAGUCGCGUCGACGUACUACCACCGGAACCGGGGCGUCUGCACAGCGACGCGGAUCGGCACGCUGGCUCACCUCUCGACCGAGGAGCUCUUGGCCAAUGUGUCGAGUGCGCUUCCCGUCAUUGUCGGCAAGCAUGUCAAGGGAGGGUGGGACAACAUGCAGGGCAUCGAGAUCAAGACUGGUAGGAGCGCCGGUCUACCUGUAUGGAACUGCAAGAUGCAAGACCGCUGGGCGGGUAUGCCGACCGAGGAAGAGGAGGAGGAGAGGAAGAGGGCCCGAAAGGAGGCGCGAUCGAAGAAGAACAUGGACGAGGCGCAGUGGUACAAAGAGUAUGGGCAGGACAAGGAUGACGAGGAUGAUGAGGAUGACGAGGAAGAGGGCGAGGGAGAGAGUGGAGACGAAGAGCCUGAGGAUGACGCGAGUGACGACGAGAACGAAGAGGACGAAGGCGACAUCGAGCAAGAGGAAGCUCGUGCCAGAAAAGUCCAGAAAAAGUCCGCGGUCCAAACAGCGUCCUUGUCCAAGAAGGGAAAAAAGUAGGCUCCCACCCGCAUCUGCUCGCUGUAACUUAGGUCAUGCAACUCUUUUGUCGCCAAUGUCAUGAUAACCAUAUUAUUUCCG